CUGAGAACUAACUGCCAUGGAGAACCAGUGCAUUAACAAGGACAGUGAUUUCAUAUUCCCCCCAGCUGACAGUAUGGGCAAGAUGACACCAUUCAAUAUUCUGGACACAAAUCUGAAAAAGUCAACAAGAGAUAGAAAAGGCCUGCAAGUGUUCCUCGUGGUUUAUUUAUUGAUAAUGACGGUAGGAAUUGGAUAUCUUACAUACAGAGAAUUUAGGCUGAACCGGGACCUGGAAGAAUUCAAGCAGCAGAUUUUCCACAUUCAGUGCCUGCCAUUUAAGGGGAACAUGACCCAGGAUGCACCUGGAGUGCCGAACCCUCACCUGGAUGACAUCAUAGAUGAUGUGAAUUUUACUGUCCAAUCAGCUGAGGACUGGGGACCCGGCCGGCUACGGGAUUUGGAGAAGCAGAUUGAGUUUAUCCGAAUUAGGAAUGGGGAUCUGGAGCUUCGUAUUAACAACAUAUCUCUGAUCCCAGGAUCUCAUGGAGCCCGAGGACUGCCUGGAUUUCCAGGAUUGCCAGGUAGCCGAGGAGAGCCAGGCCCCCCAGGAGGUCCAGGGCUAAAAGGAGAGAAGGGAGAUGAAGGUCUGCAAGGAUUAAAGGGAGAAGCUGGUACACCGGGUAACCAUGGACUGGCAGGUCCUCCAGGACAACCUGGACCAUCAGGAGAAAAAGGAUCCAGCGGCAGAAAUGGUGAUAAGGGGGAGAGAGGUGCAGAUGGUCUACCAGGCAGCCCUGGGGAGCCCGGCAAUCCAGGGGAAAAGGGAUCCAAAGGUGAUCCUGGUCAGACUGGAGAAACAGGACUUCCAGGAUCUCCAGGAAGAGCUGGUGAAAAGGGGGAGAGAGGAGUUCUAGGAUCAAAAGGAAACCCUGGGCCAAAAGGUGACCAAGGACCUCCAGGAUUACUUGGUCCUCCUGGUGUCAAGGGCGAUGUUGGUGGAAUCGGUCCUCAGGGUCCAAAAGGAUCUCAAGGAGAGAAAGGAAGUCCUGGAUCUCAAGGCCCCCCUGGACUGCCAGGAUCCAGAAUAGUACCAGGUGGGAAUAUUAUACGACUUAUUGGCUCUUUAAACCGUGGUCGUGUGGAGAUCAGUCGGAAUGGAGAGUGGGGAACAAUCUGCGAUGACAACUGGGAUUUAAAUGAUGCCAAAGUGAUCUGUCGGAUGCUAGGAUUUAACAGAGCCUUAGAGGCUUUCACUGCAGAUCCAGGUUCUGGGAAGAUUCUGUUGGACGAUGUAAACUGCAAUGGUGAUGAGGAAACGAUCUUUCAGUGCAAGAAAUCAGAGUGGGAGACUCACAACUGCAAGCAUGCUGAAGAUGCUGGGGUGACCUGCGCCUAACCCACAAACUGCUUCUGGCCAUAUUCCCAUGCUCUUUAUGCAUUCUUCACUCUGUAUCCCAUGUUGGAGUCUCCUUCAUCCUCCCUGGCAACAUUAACAAAUCGUGUCGAAGAUUUUUUUUCUUUAACUCAUUAAUUGCCAUGCAGGAUCUAUUUCUUAAUCCGGCACUUGCAAGCUUAAAUCUUUCUCUGCUUUUGACCUGAUGUUGAAAGAUGAACUUGAUUCUCACUUAGCAAUCAGCUGGCAUUACACGAGAGAACCCUGGACUGAUUGUCAGCUGCUUGGUUUAGAAGACAAUUCUGGUUAUUCACAGAAGGAAACACUAUUAACACCCUGUGUACCAGAUAAAGAUAUAUAUCCAAAUA